AAAGAUCUCAAAAUCGGGCUCGAUUCGGUGUCACGCAUUUUCCAAAAUUUGAACGGUGUAGUCGACGACGUGGAACUGCAAUUCGACGAUGAUGGAAAUGCCUUAGCUUACAAUGCUGCCUACAACACUCAUCCGGCGAUCUUGCACGGUAAUGGUCCCAGCAAGAGACACCUAAACUACCUGGCCAAUUACGUCGCCAACCGUUGGUCAGCCACCAAGGGAUGCACAAUCUGUGCGAAGAAGCCGAAACUCGAAUUGGCAGUUGAGUCUUCAUCUCUUGCUCAUUUACCGAGUCUUCUAAGAAGGACCCAGCCGAUUUCCCUGGUCGCUAUAUCGGUCUUUAUUGCUCGGCCGAUUCCAUUCAUCGAAGAGAUGCUUGAGGCAUUCGCUCAUCUCGACUAUCCUAAGAAAAGAAUCGCACUCUUCAUCUACAACUCACAACAAUCCAAUAUCAAACGGACAUUCGCCUCACGCUAUGACGCUGAAUUCCUCUUUUCGCUGGAUGGAGAUGCUUUUCUGACGAACGUCAAAACUCUACAACAUCUGAUAGAAUACUCAGUGAACUACGAAGUAGGUAUCAUAUCCCCGAUGCUAGCGCAGCCGGGAAAAAUGUUCACGAAUUUCUGGGGAGACAUCGCUCCGAACGGAUAUUAUGCAAGAAGUGAAGACUACAUAGCAAUCGUGCAACGAAAACGCGUCGGCGUCUGGAAUGUUCCAUUCGUGACCACCGCUCUUUUGAUCAACAAGGAGAAGAUGAAAGAAAUGAAAACGCCGUAUUUCUAUGACAAACACCUCGACGUGGACAUGUCGUUCUGUAAAUGGGCUAGAGAUAAGGGACACUUCAUGUACGUGGACAACGAGCAGGACUUUGGAUUCCUCAUAGUCAGUGAAGAAUACGUCGAUAUACUUCAAAAAGGCAAGCUACACCCUGAGAAUCUUUGGGAGGCGCGAUAUGUCCACCCAGGCUACCACAGACUUCUCGAAGAAGACACCGUUAUCGAGCAGGCAUGUACUGAUGUCUAUGACUAUCCGCCUAGUUUCUGA